AUGGUAUUGAAUAAACGAUCGGUGGAGCAGGUCGUUCAUGGAAGCGCCCACUUGGACGGUGCCUCAAAGUCGACAACGACAAGCACUCCCAGCAGCAACGCUGCUCCUCACAAGAGCGACAAGGAGAGACUGAGCCAGAUACAACAGCAACGUAUUGCAAGACAGCAGAAGCAGGCCGCCGCCAAGGCUGGCUCGGGCGGCUUUGUCAACAACAAGACGUACGUCAACGCAGCCGGUCUGUUCAUGUUCUUCUUCUACUGUGCAAUGAUGUACUAUAGAUAUCAACAUAGAGGCGCCAUUGGAUUCGCCGACUCACUCUGGACCUGUAACAUUGCCGUGUUGUUUGGUUGGGUUGCCGUCGUACUCAACAAGCCCUACAUCAUCUCCAUGGGUCUCUGUGCCACCUUCAUCGUACAUGCCAUCUGGGUCGUUGACGUCGUCACUUGGUUCGCUACCGGUUCAUUCCCACUUGGAAAUGCUGAGUAUAUCAGCUGGCCAAACAUUACAUGGGGAGAGAUUAUUACAAGCACUCACCAUGCAUGGUUCGUUCCAUUGGGAAUGUCAUUGCUGCACAGAAAUGGAGGUUACAGAGGAGGUGCCUGGUUCUACGCAUUCCUCAUUGCCAUCCCAACCAUCCUCAUCUCGUUGCUCUUCCCCAAGGAGCUGAUAAUGCCCAACGGCGAUGUAUUUUACCUUAACAUCAACUGCGCUCACGAGUGGUGGAAGGAUGUCAGAGGCUGGCCAUUCAGCUUGAUCCCAUACGAGCAACCACAGUACUUGAUGUUCUUGUACGCCUUCAGUUUCUUCCUCUUCAGCGUCACUCAUAUCGUUCUCAAGUUGAUCAGUUACGUCACCAUCAGAGCUCACUAA